AUGCAAAUUGAUCAUCUUCCUGAAAUAUACCUGCUUGCAAUGAAGGCCACCAUCGAGGCAACCGAAGUCAUCUUGCCGGUAUAUGAACAAGUCAUUGAACCUGAAAUGAAAAGCGAUGGAUCACCAGUCACGAAAGCUGAUCUCGCUUCAUCGAAAGUAAUUUCCAAUAUCCUGGAGCAAACAGGAAUUCCAAUUCUUGGAGAAGAAUUAGAAAAAGCGGAAUACGCUGUUCGAUCGCAAUGGAAGGAAAACUGGUGUGUUGAUCCACUGGAUGGAACCAAAAUGUUUCUCUUGAAAAACGACGAGUUUUCAAUCAAUAUCGCUCAUGUCGUGGAUGGCGAAGCGAUUUUCGGAAUUAUCAGUAGCCCUAUUCAACGCGAAAUGAUCAUCGGUGGAGAAGGUUUUGGAGCCUUUUUCGUUCGUUUCUCAGAUAUGGACUCUCCAGAAAAAUGG